CAACAUAUGGGCGAUCACUUUUCUCUUUCGUUUGAAGCCUGUUUCACUUUCCCGCAGAAAAUAGGGUGUCGAAUCUGUCCUAUAACCUCCGUUAUAUUUAUUAAGUAUUUAAAGAUCGAAAGAUGUAUCUUUUAUGAUAAUUGUGGAUUAAUUCGUGUAAAGAUUGUUCUAAGUGAUGUUGUGUAAGAUCGUUUGUGUUCUUGCGAUAAUUCUGUAGCGUUUUUAAAAAUUAAACAUGGCCUCAAAUCGAGGAAUUCAGAUUGGAUCCGCGUGGUUUCAACGAAAGCUCAACUUGAGACCGCAACAUCGGGGUGUGCAUCUCGUUACGGAGGAGAUCCUAAAGCAGGUGCCCGAGUUGUCGCAGUUUGCAGUCGGUCUCUGCCACAUUCAAAUACUACAUACAUCAGCGAGCCUUGCGCUUAAUGAGAGUUGGGACCCUGACGUCAGAGACGACAUGGAAAUGAUGCUCAACAAAAUUGUACCGGAGGGGCUCCCUUACCGCCACUCGUGCGAAGGUCCCGAUGAUAUGCCGGCACAUGUAAAAGCUUGCUUUCUUGGCUCAUCAUUGACAAUACCAAUCACAGAUGGGAAGUUGAAUCUAGGAACUUGGCAAGGAGUUUGGCUGUGUGAACAUCGGAAUCAUGCUGGCAGCAGAAAGGUUGUAGUAACCCUGUCUGGUUGUCCACGUGAUUCCCCGCUGUCUCCUGUAUCAGCGGCGUCCUGUUCCAGUUAGGAGCGGGGGGGGGUCGCGACCCCCCACACGCACUCACACUCCCGCCCUUCAUCAAAGAGCACCAGGAGGUAAAAAUUUUGUAUCCACCCGCCUAGAUUAGUCCUUACUCUAACCUUCGAACGACAAUAUGUACAUAAGAUUAAUAUUUUGUAAACGCUCUGCAUGGCAGUUUCGGUGGACUUUGUCAUACGCUAUCAAAUAUCAUGUUUUUGUUUUUAUAUUGUCUCUGAUACAGGUGUAGUUAAUAUAGCGAGUCACGAUAUUCCAAUGUCAUCUGUUAAUCUGUUAAAUGUACCGCUGGAACCAUCUUUUAUUACGUAGGAAUUGAAAUUAUAUGAAAGGACGCCAUGCAAAGAGAUCCUAUUGUUGCGUUCAGAUUUAUAAACUGAACCAAAUUCAUUUGUACAUAAGAAGUGAUGUGCGAAAUAUGUAAGUUAGAAGUUGUUGUUUUGUUGUUAUGAAUUCGACAUGUAAAUAGAUCACGCGUGGCUAUUUGUCUCUGUAGGUUCGGUUACUAAUGUUUCGGAGUGACUUCUUGCAACACUUAUAGCAUUUACUUUAAGGAUACGUUCAGUAACCGUAGUACGAGUAUUCAUUGCCAACCUAAACGACAUUUUUUCGGUUCACAUCUAUAAGUCAUCAGAUAUAUACCUACUAUAAGUUGAAAACGUUGAAUUGUUGUUGUUUAGGUUAACAGUGAAAACUCAUACUAAUGUGACAGAUGUAUUCGUUUGUUAUUUACUAUCUAUCUAUCACCACUGCACUUGUUCAGAUAUCGGUAAUGUUUUACUUUCUUACAUUAAUUAUUACUACAUUUUGGACACGAGCUAGACUUUAAAGUAAAAAUGGACACUCAUUUCACACCAAUUCGGAUAUGUAAUCGCACUGGUUAAAAAUCAGUUGUAAAUUUAAGAUAUAGUUAUAAAUAGUUAGGUACUUUGUAUGUGUACGAUAGCUCCAUCUCUCCGUGUUAGGUUAGACCUCUUAACUAUUAGUAUGUGAAUUAUGAUGUCCAUAGCUUUAAAUGUGUCACGGCCGUUGUAUCAACGGGUCCACGGGAAGACAAUGAGCUAGAGAUAGUGAAGUUAGUUGUAGAUUAUCAUAACUGUAAGGUCAUGUAAGUGCCUCGGAUUUAUGGGGUGUUUUGUUAUCAUUUGCGUGUAGAAGCUUGCGCGGGAUGGGCAUUAAGUAACGGCUUCCUCACAUCCUGUGCUCUGUUUAUUUAUUUUGUUUAUAAACUCCUGGCAUCAGCUUCUAUUUUUAAGGGCACAGACAUCCAAAAGAUUUAUUAUCUGUAUAAAUAAAAUAGAUAAAAAUUAUAUAUACAUUGAUUUGAUACAAUUAAAAAGGUAUAUAUAGUUGUAUGUCUUCCUAUGUAAGUAACAUCGGGAUUAGUGUAUUGGUAACAUAUUCGUUUUACGUGAAUGGUCUGAGGGUAUACACCAACAACCAAAACUUAACGUCACGUCUGUAACUUAGACUAUGUAAAGAUAGACGGCUUUAAUAUCAAACGUGGCGGUAUAGCCGAUAAUAUCCAAUAAUUAAGAAUAAAUGGUAGUCUUUUUAUAUGGAUUGAUUGUAGUAAGAUUUUUUAUUAGAAUCAUGUGUUUUUAAGAUACGAUACGUUUUGAAUAUAUCUAAAUGACAUUCCAUAAAAAAAAAUAACGACACAUUCCGGUGACAUAAAGACUGGAUUUAAUUCUCGAGCUCGACGUGUUUCUCUUCGCAUUGUCCCAUUAUAAAAUUUUAUUGAUCGCUUAUACUGCACAAUUACACUUGUAACUACAAUAUAGUUAGGGUUUAAAUUUAUAAAUAGUUGCAUACAGAUUUUAAGGUCGUUUUAAAGGUGCUGGCUGUGGAAAGAUCUUUGUAGUGAAUGCACUUUUAUUGGCUGAUGAAUUUACAUAACACGGUGGUUCGCGGGUAGCUAACUUAAUAUUACCUAUUAUAUUAAAUUAAAAUGGCGCUGGCGCCACGAUCCCGCAUAGCGGGCGGACUGUACUUUGGUAUAAUUGUAAAAUUGUAAUUGACCAUUCCGAUUUUCCUACAGAUUUUCAUAUAAAACUGCUAAGAUAGUUUUGUUAUAAAUGCGGUAGGCGUUAAGUAUAAAUAGUUACGGAAUCAAACGCACAAGAGAGCCGCGGCCAGCGCCGCCAUGUUUGUCGUCGCAUGACGUCACGUGAUCGUAUUACGUAGUACACAUAGGCGCUUCAACGUUCGUCGUGUUUUGAAUUGAACCGUUUGAUUUGUUUAAAUUUUUUAAUAAUAUAUCUGUAAGCGACGUUCGACUUUAUAUAAAAGUGUAUUUUGUAAUAGGUUCGUUAAGAUUUUGCUAUUUUGCACUUCGUUUAUUAAACACAGCAUUUUUAAAUUAUCCGCUUUCAAUUUUGUAUAGUGUUUGAGUGCAGGUUGCAAGUGUUCGAUGACUGCUUACGUCUGUGCUGAUGAGUGAUGUUUUGUAAAUAUAUGCAACUUUGAAUUGUACAAUAAUUCGUGUACAUAUUGUGGGUGAUGUUAAAAUAUUCAAAUGCUAUUCGUGUAUGAGUGUUAGGAAUGCCACUGCCAUCGGAGAUUUGCCUCUUUGUAACAUAGUAUAGACAUUGUGUCUCACUUUGGUAUGUCAUUGAGCCGGUUAGUUUUGUUAUAUUAUAUUAUAAUCAGCUAUGUAUAUGUAAAACGAUUAAGUUGUAAUAAUAUCCUUACAAUAAAAUUUAAUGUUGUUUGACGACCAAUUGUAGUUAUGUUGUUCUAUUUAGUUUAGCUUGUGUGAUCCCAUUCCAGGCUGUUUGUUACAACGAAUAUUAGUUAUUACCUCGCUGGUUAAUUUGUCGACCACGCUUCUAAAAUACCCAAUUUUAUUUAGGUAAUGUUUAUAACACUUUUUACUAUGUACUGUGUAAUGAUAAGUUUCAUUUAUCUUUUAUGAUGUACAUAAGUUUUUGCUAAUGCUGUACUUGUUCCACAUAGCCGACUGAUCUUUUUUUUUAUAGACAAAUAGCCAAAAUUGCAUUCAAUCAUUUCAAAUGUGUAUCUUACGUUUAAUAAUUUCCAAAAAUAUAUAUAUUUACAAUAAUUAUGAAUAAUUUAAUGAUUAUAUAAAAAAAAUAUAAAUUCAGUAAAUAAGGGCACGAAUUUUUAAUCUAAUAAUUUAUCAGUAUAGGUAAUUUAUUUGUUAAAUGAUAUUGCACAUAGAAAAUGAGGUUGUAAACAGGAUUUAUUAAAUAAUCAAAAAAAAAAAAACAUAAUAAAGUGGACAAAUAAUUUGUGUGUAUGUUUAAGAUCAAUAAUUAUGUAUGUGGUUAUACGGUACAUUAAGGCCAGUUUUGUACUGAGAGUAUGUCUUGUGAGGGACACUAUCAUUGACGUUUAAUUGUAUAAUAUAACUUGUACAAUAUAAAUAUUAUAGAUCCACAAUUAUGAAAAAGAUUAAAUAUUUGCAAAAGUUA